CAGUGUAUCGCCGAAAAAACCAAAACAAUGCCUUUGUACUGUUUUUUAUAGAGCUAGGAUUAGACUUGUUGAACAUAGCUAGUCCUAUUCUGUCCAACCUAUGAUGGAUAAUAUGAUGUAACAAACUCCUGAGACAUGCGAUAAAUGUAGUCAGUUUGUUCUAAACAUUUUUGUUGGGGCUAGAGGCCAUAACUAGUCAUGUUUUCCUGCAUUGAUCUGAUGUCAACAGAAAGAAAAAAAACAUUUGAAAAGUCGGAAUAUGCAAUAUCUGCACUUCUCAAUGUCCUUUCCACAGCUGCAGUGACAAACCUGUCCUGUAUAAUGGGUUUACUCGUAUGGAGACCUCAUCCAAACCAGAUGACGGCCUUCUUUGUGUUCCCUUCUCUUUGGGGAAUGGCUGAUGCUAUAUGGCAGACACAAACCAAUGGUAAGUAUAGUAAUUUACUCUGACAACAUACCGAGGCCCUACAGACAAUGCUCAUAUUUAUCAAAGACUGUUCACUACAAAACAUAAACACUUAAAAUACACUUACAUUUCCCUUUUUUUGCUCCUGAAACUACCCCAAAACCCUUCAUUUAUAUUAAGAGGUUCUUAAUUUGCAAACUUGAGAUAAUCAAAAAAAGAUUAAGGAGCUGCGUGUUUACAGAUUGAAGGCAAUAUCUUAAUUAUUCUUUAAUGACAGAUACCUGAAAUGCAAAGUUCAAGGUUUAUUUCAAGGCCCUACUCAAAAGGUGGCUGUUGACUUUGUAUAGCCUACCUACGUGAGCCAUUUUUGUAUAUACAAACAUAAGUGUAAACACUAGAACAAGAGUAUUGUUGGAAAUUGAUGCAUUUUAAAAUGCACGCUUUCACAGUACGACAUUGCCAGCUAUAUCACCAAAAGACACCACUUAGUACACUAGCAAGCUUUUAAUCAGUGCCAAACUCAAGGUAUUUGCAAAGUUUUUGCAUGCUAUCGAAGUAGUUAACUAACUAGUUUUAGCCCAAAACUUCUUACAGCUGCUUAAGAUUAGAGCAAUAUUUUGUGUGUUUUGCUUAUACAAACAAUACAGUUCAGCACAGAAUCACUAUGUAUAGGUUAGUAAAAGUAAAAGUAGAGAAAAAAAAAACACAAGCGAUUAUUUACAUAUUUUGAUCACUGCAUGUUAUACAUUCAGGAGUAUUGUAUCAUUUGUAUAAAAAUACCAUAAUUAAAUAUUUGGAAAUUCGGGUAAAAAAAGAAGAGCAUUUUCAACUGUUAUUUAAGUGCUUUGUUGCUUAAAAAACUUCAAUCUGUGCACAAAUCUACUUAAUUUUACCACUAAAAUCAGUAUUAUUUUGACGGAUAGUUUAAGGAGUAAAUUAACGAGUUCUGUUUUGUAGUAUGUUAGAGUUAGAACAUAAUGGACAAGUUGCCAGGAAAGUUUUAAAUCUCUCUGAAAGAGUGUGUGCUGGGCGGAUUGUGUAGUCAUGCUUAUGCUUUGUUAUUUCUUCUCAGUUCUUUAUGGAGUCCUCUUCAAUUACCAGAAAGGAGCAGCAUUUGCCAACUACCGCCUGUGGGAGUCGCUGGGCUGCGCAUUUUCCUUUGCGCUCAGUAACUUCGUUUGUGUGGAAAUUAAGUUAUACAUACUUAUUGUUGUUCUCGUACUUGGAAUUGUGUUGUACGCUUUGGUGGAAUACAUAGAGAGCCAAUGCGAACGAUUCGAAUUUAACACAGAUAGUUCAAGUGAUAACUCACCGCCAAAAGAAACUAAUUUAUAGGCUCCUUCUCACGUAUUUUAAAAUAAUUGUACGUUAAACGUAAACAUUUAGGUGUUAGGCCCUCCGUAAGUGUUUUGUCUGUGCUUAGCCUUAUAAAAUACGCUGGCUUUUACUUAAUAAACAAAAAACAAACAAACAAAAAAACCUAAAAUGCUUUGUUUUGUGCCUUUUUGGAUUUCAAUACCUUACAAUUCCCGUCAGUCAAUGGAUGCGUAAAGCCCAAAAGUAGGCUAACCACGGUUUACUGCCGCACGACGCUGUUCUUUAGAAUGAACCGUUUCAAAUAUUCAGACCCUUUACUUCCGUAAGAGCGCGAUGCCCUUGGUAUCUUAGCAACACAAAUAUGACAAGUGCGGAUGAUACAGAGGCAGUGAGAGACAGCAGGGCAGACGGAUCGAGGUGACGGGUGUGCGCCCUGUCAGCAUCAGACACUAAACACCUUAGCUUAAAAUGGCUGCUGGUGUGUGUGGCACUGAACCUUUGGUGUUUCGCCUUCAGGAGGGGGCACCUGAGCUUGUGCGAGAGGUGCUUUUGGAGAGAGGGUGGGAGGAGUUUGAAGAACAACGGCAGGAUGAAGGAGAUUGGAACCUUUACUGGCGUUCAUCUGCCUUCCGCAACUCAGACUAUGAGAACAUCACUCCCUGGCAGAGGCUCAAUCACCACCCAAAGACAGUGGGCAUUACCCGCAAGGACUGGCUGGCACGGAAUUUGAGGAGGAUGAGGGGCACAUUUGGCUCAGCACUUUACAACUUCAGUCCGACCGCUUUCAAUCUCCCUAAUGACUAUGUAAGAUUUUUGGAGGAGUACUCAACGCACCGUUUAGCAAAUGGUGGUAAGGGCGCUUACUGGAUCUGCAAGCCAGUGGAUCUUUCAAGAGGGAGAGGCAUAUUCAUUUUUGAAGAUAUAAAAGACUUAGUUUAUGACUGCCCUGUCAUUGUGCAGAGAUAUAUUAGCAAUCCACUUUUAAUCUCGGGCUAUAAAUUUGACCUUCGGAUAUAUGUUUGUGUGAAGAGCUUUAGUCCCCUCACUAUCUAUAUGUACCAGGAAGGCUUGGUUCGUUUUGCAACUGAGAAAUUCAACCUUGGUGCUCUGAACAACCUCUUCUCUCAUCUAACCAACACCAGCAUUAACAAAUUCGGGCCUUUCUACUCAACGGAUAAAGAACACAUAGGACAAGGUUGUAAGUGGACGCUUAGCAAAUUCCGCUGCUUUUUACAGAGCUUGGGAAUUAAUGAGCUACUGCUUUGGCAAAAGAUCAACAACAUUGUAACUCUCACUCUUCUAACCAUUGCCCCGUCCAUUCCCUCGAGUCCCAACUGUUUAGAGCUGUUUGGGUUUGAUAUCCUGAUCGAUGAGAAGUUCAAACCCUGGUUGCUGGAAGUCAACUACAGCCCUGCUCUUUCGCUGGAUUGCCCUGCUGAUGUAACUGUAAAAAAAGGACUCAUCAACGACCUCAUUGACCUUUUGAACUACAAAGAAAUUGACAGCCUUCGACAGAGGGGAUGCUUGAGACAAAAGUAUAGGACCCCUUGCUAUUUAGGAAGUCAGAUUCUGCAGGCCAAAACCCCUCCGGUGCUCCUGCUCCCAAAGUCACUGUAUGAACCUUCUUGCAAUGAGAGGUGUCAGAGUCAUUCUUGCUUGUGCAGUAGGGGAGGAUCACCAGAGUCCUGUGGAACAGCGCAGGGGCGAUGGCAUCAUUCAAAUGAGAACUUGAAUUCUGCCCUUCAGUUAACCCUGGGAUCGAGCUUUAAACCAGUGACUCGUUAUUGCAGUAGGAAGACACGUUCCCUUCUUUCACAGAAGCCAGAGCCUUUUGACUGUUCAAAGGCAUAUCAUUUGGAGUCAGAGAGUGAGGAUGGAUCGUGCGUUUCAACUCCCGACAUGGUGAAGGAAAACUCAAAGCAAAAGUCAGGUAGUCCUGUGAAGUUACCACCAAUUCAUGAACAUAAGUACAAACCUCCUAUAUAUCCCUCGGAUUACACAAUUCAAAACAAGAGUGUACCCCCAAGCCGUGUGGGCGAUUUCAUUCUGACGUUUCCCUUUAACGAGGUCACUUUGAAAGGCUCACAGAAGAAGCUCAACAUCAAGAUGGCCAUACAGGAAGUUCACAAACUCACCAGUCAGCUCAUCUCCUCCUGUGGUAAGAAAGGAAAACCAAGAAAAGAGGAGAGCAACACCACUUUAGGAGGAGAGAGCAAGCUCGAGUCUCUGUUCUGGGGGCCAAGGAUCCCUCCUGCUCUGAGCGAAUGCUGCUUCAAAACUUGACUAAUCUGUCAUUUCAAUUCAUAAUAAUAUGCUCAUCACAUCAGGUCAGAAAUGACAACACAGUGAGACCCAGCUCUUUAAAUGGUCAAUAAAUAACCCACAGCUUGCUCUUUCUAUCUUGGUGUCUGGUUGUGAAACAAGAGAACUGUAAGGUCAGGUCACAAGGACACAAGUCUUCCUGAAUACUGUAUCUGUGUUGUCAUGUAGGAAAGGCAUAUGCCACUUCAUGAAUAAUAAGUUAUCUUGCGCAGUAGUAGAUAUUUGGUGGCUUCAGUGGAAGAAGUUCAAAAUGUUACAAAUAAUCAAUCAGGCUAUAAUUUUACCCAACAAAUAACAACAACUUUGCUUGCAAUUUAGCAAACAGAUAUGUUGCUUUAUGGACAUAUGCUUGUAAAAUGGAGGAUGUGGUCUUAAAAUGUUGUCAUCAGCUCGUAGAUGCAAUCUCUGAUCGCUCUUCUCUGAGCACUGCAUUUUUGGCAAGAGGCCAGUAUUAUCCGAUUCACGUUUUAGCAUGUUUCAACAUGUUGAGCCGUUAAUCCUUUAAUUACGUGACACCUGCUGGUAUCUUGUUUUAACACGGGCUGUAUGGUGUUGUCAGAGCUUAGUCUACACAGUGCCCUAGAAACAACAAUUGUCUGGAUCAACAGAGUUUCUAGAACAUGAAGGAAAUGUCCCUUAUUCAGAGGAACAUCAAUCAGUUGAUAUGCUGAGUACAUUCAGCAGCACCCAUGGAGAUGUCUUUACUUCAGAAUAAUAACUGAUUCAGACAUUUCACCGUUUAAAGCAGUUAUAGAGUGGAACUCAUUGAGUUUUAAAACGCAGAAUAUUUUAUAUACACGGUGUAUUCAAAACUGUAGAAGAGAGAUCUCAACCAUGAAACAUAAUCCCAAUUUCAAGAUUUGUAUACAGAGUAAAAAACGUGAGGGUUUGCUACGGUCAAAUGGUUCUGAACACCAGGCCAGUGAUUGCCUGGAAAAAUAAGGGACUGUGCAAGUGCAAUUUAAUAAGAUGCUUCCUUGUAAUCAGUUUCUCUGAGCUCAUAAAUAAAAAAUGAAGCAAACUACUGAAGCUAAAUCAAGUUGUAACACUUAUGUUUGUGUGAGAGGACGUCAGGCAUCUUCAUUACAGUGGUAUGAAUUAGUAAUGACAGCCCGAGUCCAUAAUCUGACACUGGGUUUUGUUCACCUGCAUAAAUUAUUCCUGCCAUGGUGAAGGACCACUUAAAAACCCAUUUCACGCUUGAAUAAGUUGAUAGAAUUGAAAUUUAGCUGAAACAGUUGGGUGUUAGUCUAAAGAGAUUUCAAUUACAAGGAAUAAAGUUAGAUGAAAAGAAGAGAAAAGUUAUUUGAAAUGGCAGGAAUGAAGAUAUCUAGCCACGGGGGGCAGUGUCAAGGGUUCAUUGUUCAAGUUAGCAGAGGUAUUGUUUAAAUGCAUGCCAUUACACCAUAGCACACAGCAUCUGCACAUCUCAGGUCAUCAAGUGACACAUGAGUAGAGAUGUGGAAAGACAAUCAGACACAUCUCGACUGACUACAACAUGUCUGCUCGAUCUCUGCUUCUCACCCUGCCAUGCGUGUCGCAUUCUUUUACACGCCACGAUCACCUGUACUCUUAUCUCCCUUUGAAAGCUCACUUGCAUUCAGGUGUAACGUUGCAACACUCACACAUCAAAUUAUAGGCGAUCUGCACAGUGCUGUUGUUAUGGCAUUAUCAAAGGUUUGUAGGGUCAUAUUUUGUACUUGUAGAUGAACUACUUAAACAUGAGGCUAAACGUGACAAGGUUUGGUUGGAAUGUCUCAGGUUGCACAGGUAGAACUGGCUGAAUUUCAUAGAAAAAUGCUUCCGUAUAUAAGAACUACAUUUUGAUUUCAGCCAAAUAUGACGAUUGCUGCUACUCAACGAGCGGCGAUGAAAUAUUUUCAUUACAUUACUUCAUUACAUGUUAAUUACAAAUGAGGCUGUAUUCGUAUUCUGAGAUACUGUCUUUAUACAAGCCAGAACUAUAUAUAAUGCUCUAGCCUUAAAAGUAAUAUAAUGCAUUUUUUAAAACCAUUUUUUCAAGGUAUGUAUUUUUUUAGUAAAUAGUUUUUAUGAAAUCCUCAAAAUCAUUUUGAUAUUUGCUAUUGUUCCCACAAAGCCACCUAGGCUAUGUAGAUUUAUGCAUUGACAAAUGUCAAUCAGAAGCUUUUAAAGAAUUUUGAAAUACAUCAUAGUGCAUAGUUUUCAAACACCUGUGUGAGAAAAUGAGGCCAUUAAUUUUUUUCAGCCUCUAGAUGGAAACCUUGAGUUACACAAUGUAAUAUCCCAAACUUUGCAGGCUCAAAAUUUCACAGGCAUUGUGAUGACACAGUCUUACCAACCUUCCUUACCUUAGAUGUAGCAGGGUAUUACUUGCUGACUUUCAGUAACAGUACAUUUUCAUGACAAGAACUGAACAGACUUCUUGCAAAAUAAUAUAAAAUAUUUGAAUCAGAAACCGUUGCCAGUGGCAGCGGUCAUUUAUUUUUUGCUGCAGACAUCAUGAAAAAAUUAUCUGACCUCAGUUGGUAUGGCCCAUUCAAUUCAAUGGAUUUUUUUAUAACAUUCCGGAGCAGUUUAAUAAAUUCUAUUAAGAUCUAAAUGAUCUCUCAUCUCUCUCCCAGCUGUGUAGUCAGCUCAUCAAAACUAUCUGACCAUCAAUCAAGAAAUUGGAAUAUUGAUUCAAAGAUUGAUCCUAGUAUGACAUUUUAGGAUUUUAGAUUAAAAUGCUUUAUAAAUUGUAGAGUAGCAGAAGCCCAUUGCUCUAUUAGACAUGAAUCGUAUGUUCAGUGGAUACUGAAGUACCGUACUGUCUGUGGAUGGAAAGUGCUUUAGAUUUGGGUCCCCUAACAACUUCUUUAUGUCAGAUUCAUUGAAGUAUGGAGCAGCAGUGAAUUUUACCCAUUUCAAAUCUCAGUGUUAAGUAGUCAGUCUCCAGUCAGUUCAAUUUGACAACCAGGAUGGUUGGCCUGGUGCAGUGGAUGAUGGGUGAGGAGGGAUGGGUGGAGAGGUUUCCUCCCAAUUUACCAUUAAGGCUAGCUUGAUUAGCAGAUUUGUUCGAAGCCUGAAAGUGUUAGUAUAUUCCCACAAUUCAAUUUAUUAAAAUGUAUAUUAAUAUAAUAAAUUGAUCAAAUAGAUAAGUAAAUAGAUAAAAGCCAUGCUGUUUGUCUUCAAAGAGAAGUUUGCAUUCUCACCAUGCUUUGCCUUGCUUUGCUUUUAUAUUCAUCCCCUAGAUUUCAAGGCAGUCUAUUUAUUUACUGAAAUAAAAUCCCUAUUUUUGUAAUCUCUGUUGUCUGUCUCCACUUUCUGUUGUGGCCCACGAGUCCCAUUGAAUUACAUACCUUACAUUCAGUCCUAAAGAUUGUUUUCAUUUUGCACAGCCAACCAAGAGGCCUCAUCGAUAUUCACAUCAAAUGUCUUAUAAACCUCCAACAGCAGAUAUAAACUUUAUAAAUAUCAUAUUGUGUAUCAAAUGUUUAGGUGAAAUGCAAAAAUGUAUGGGCGGACAUUAUACUGGCAUCACUAGCAUAACUGAAAAAAGAAAUGGUCAUGAAAACCUGUUAUGAGGAUAUAUAUUAUAUUGAGAACAUGUAUAAAACAAACUCAAAGCAAACACCAACAUGAAGAAUGUAAAUGAAAAAUCAAACUACAGAAAUGAAGGAAGAAUAAAGCAAUGAGGGGGCCAAGCAGCCCAGCAGGCCAGAGUUGCCAUGGGAACUCGAUGUCAUUAUGUCAAAGGCAUGGUUGCAAGCACUCACAGCAAGUUUCAUGUCAAUUAUGUCAAUUUGGAAGAUAAAUGAGCUCACUUCCUGUUCGAUAGACUGUAACGGACAAAUAACGUCUGAUAACUUUUGUGAGGCUUUGUCUGAAGAUGACCUGUGCCAAGUGGGGUGAAGAUUCGACAAGGUUUGUGGACAGUGAAAACGUAAAAGUUUUUUUAUUAAAUUCAAUUUGGCGGCCACAUAAAUUUGGUUGACAUGAUACGGUUCAAAAGUUACGUGCAUACACGUAGGUCCAACUUUGAGUAGUCAUGCUACAGGCGCAGACAUGAAACUUGGUGAAAAUAAUCAGGGUACUGUCCCCAGUAUGUUUGCCAAAUGUUAAAACUUCUUUACCAUACAGUUCUAGGGGCUGCCAUAGACUCCCUAACCA